CGUCGUUCAGUCAGCUGACGCUCAGUCGACCUUCUCGUCUGCGGGAGCUACAUACAUCAAAACACCAGCAUCCUCCGCAGUGAUUUGCGUACACUCCGUAUUCAGGCAUGGCGAGCCAGUCUCAGGGCAUCCAGCAGCUGUUGCAGGCUGAGAAACGAGCGGCAGAGAAGGUCGCAGAAGCCCGUAAACGGAAGAAUCGGCGUCUGAAACAGGCCAAGGAGGAGGCGCAGGCUGAGAUCGAACAAUACCGCCUGCAAAGGGAGAAGGAGUUUAAGACUAAGGAGGCUGCGGCCUUAGGAUCCCAUGGCAACUCUGCUGUUGAGGUGGACAAGGAGACCAUCGAUAAGAUGAGCCGCAUCCAAAUCAGUUAUCAACAGAACAAGGAGGCUGUGCUUGUCAACCUGCUGAAGAUGGUGUGCGACAUUAAGCCAGAGAUCCACGCCAACUACCGUGUUGCUGUAUAACCCAUUUGUCCAAUCAGCACAUCCAUUAAAAUCCCUAAACACCCACAAAGCACUGAGACAAAGACUGCCACUGGACAUAUCAAAUGUUAUAUCGUAAAACAUGAUAGACGGCUGGACUCCAGCAUAUACACACAGCUCAACAAAACUAUCCUCUUCUGCUUUGCAUUGCAACAACACAACACAUUUCUGACCGUUUACAAAGAUAUUUGUUGAUGAUGUAAACCAAAUUAAUGGUGCAGCCAUGCUACCUUUCAAAUCUCACAAGCUGGUGAUAGGUUAAAUAAUCAGAGAUCCUGGUAUUCCACAUGCACACGUUUAUAUAUCCUUGGUAUGAUCCAAUGAAAGUCUUUGUCUUUGCCAUCUUAGUUAACUGUCAGGUUCAUCAGUGAGUUUCUUUGUGAAUGAUACCUUUAGUGUUUGUGUGAGUGUCUGUAUCUUGAUGCUACUGUAUCUUGUUAAUUUAUAAGUAAUCAAUUGUUAUUGUUUUAACUAAUCAUUGCAUACAAUACAGACCUUUUUUUUUGUGUGUGUGUGACAAAGCUCAUAAUUGGCGUCUUAAUUUAAUUACUAUUACUACAUUAUCUUCACAAUUCCUUCCUGCUCUCUUGAUCUGUUUAUGUAGGUUACAUUCCUCUAUUUGAACCUGCUUUAAAAAAAGAAAAAGAAAAAAAAAAAGUAAUAAAUGAAUUGUUGUACAAAUUGA